AUGGAAAGCACGGUGAAGGGGCAUUGGUCUAAUCUACCCCAUAGGGUGGUGUCCUCUACGCUGAGCUCAAGGUGGACAUCGGCAGGGAUGCCAUAUUCCUCCCGGAACACGGCUAAUGCACCCGGUGUGUUAACGAGGAAGCGGCCUAGAAAGUAUGAGUAUCAAAUAAAGAACAAUGAAGAGAUUCGAAGAACUUACAGGUUUGGAGGCGAGAAUCGGAUCCACAAGCGCAGAAACACUCCUGAGCGUCAACAGCAAUGCCUAAUCCACCAAAUGAAUGCUGUGAUGUGGGCAAGAAUAGUGUUUGGUAGAGGGGGUUACACUAGACUAUAUAAAUUAGAUGCGAGGAAGUUUAUAGUGGGAAAUGUUGGACCAAUUGGUUGCAUUCCCUAUCGGAAGACAAUCAAUCAACUAAAUGAAGAUGAGUGUGUUGAAUUGCCUAAUAAGCUGGCUCUUCAGUACAAUGCUCGAUUAAAGGAUCUGCUAGCUGAGCUAAAUGACAACCUCCCUGGAGCCACAUUUGUUCAUGCAAACGUGUAUGAUCUAGUUAUGGAACUCAUCAAAAACUAUGCCACAUAUGCAAGUAGGGCAUGUUGUGGAAAUGGAGGCCAAUUUGCCGGGAUUGUUCCAUGCGGACCACAAUCAAGCAUGUGCUCUGACCGCGACAAGCACGUGUUCUGGUAUCCUUACCAUCCCAGUGAUGCUGCCAACGUUAUCAUUGCCAAACAACUUAUCGGAGGAGACCACAAAUACGUGUCUCUGAUGAACAUUCGACAACUCCGAGAUCUCUGA